AUGCAAUCUAUACCUUCUGCACAUAUCCUAUCACGGUGGACGAAAACAGCCACUAUUAAUCCCAUGUUCCACGUUCUCGAUGUCGCGUUUGCCCAAUGCGUCCAAGUUGACGAUAAAAAGUUACUGCUUAGCAAGUUGUGGUCGGAUAUUCAUGCAUGCAUGGGAUUGGUUGAGCCUUGUGUUAACCGACUUGCUGAAUUUUCAAAGGUCAUCGAAGCACACAAGGUUAAACUACUGUCUGAUCAAGGCGAGAACGCAACAGCCAGUAAUAAAGAGCAGCAGUUUGAGUCUUUUGUUGGCAUGGCUGCGCCUCAAGAGGUGACCAUUCACCCUCCGACACACUCAAAAAACAAAGGCAGCGGGAAAAGACUAAAGAGUGCAAAAGAAAAGGCGAUCGAACAGUCACAAAAGAAGCGGAGGGUUUGCAAAUCAUGUGGCGAAAGAGUCGGUCAUAACGCACGCACGUGCCCCAAGAAAACGUAG